AUGGCUACCAUCACUGCCGCCGCUCGCUGGAGCUCCCCCACCCGCCUCAAGCUCCUCACCAGCCGCCGCCUUUGCUUCUCCGCCUUCUCCUCCGCCGCGUCGCCCACUUCUGCAGCGGGGUUCGGCUGGGCCGACGCCCUCCGCGUCGCCGGGGACAGCGGGCGCGGCGACGAGUCCGACCUCUCCGGGUACUUCCGGAAGGUCAAGACCUGCAACCGCGGAAUGGACAAAAAGGGGCAGUUCGUGGAGUUCGCCGUGGAGGAUCAGGUCGUGGGGUACAUCCACAAGGGAUUUAUCGAACACCUCAGAAACUUUCAUGAUGUUUUUACCAUUGUCUUGGACAACAAUGGCAGCAACACUGUGGAGCAUGUGUCUCUCCACUCAUCGCUAAGGACUCCAGAAGACAGAACACAUGCUAUUGGAAGUGCCGUUAAAAGCCUUGGAGAAAUGAUUCCAGGUAUUCGAAACGAGGCCUAUGGAGUUCAUAUGAAUGGGUAUGUUGAGAAGGAUGAUGAGAAAUUUCUUUGGAUUGGCUUUAGAUACAAAAGGGAUGUUCUCUUCUGCUAUGACCUCAAACUUCCUGCUGAUUUUGUUCCUAAUAAUGAAGAUGGUGAGGUUGAUAGCUUUAGACUAAUCCCUGUUCCACAUGCUGCAAACAUUAUACGGAGGAGUGGUGAUUGUUCCUACCUUCCUUUUGCUGUUUAA